CACUUCAUGUGGAACACCAUGAUUAAGGGUUACUCGCACAAUAGCUCGCCAGAAGCCGCUGUAUCUCUGUACAUCGAAAUGCUCGCCCGAGGAGUAGGACCGGACAACUACACCUACCCUUUCUUGCUCAAAGCAUUCAAUCAAGAGAUGGCAAUGGAGUUCGGUGAUGAGCUCCAUGCACAUGUGACAAAGUUUGGUUUUUGCGCCAAUCCACACGUUCAGGAUGCUCUGAUUCACGUCUACUCUAUGGGCGGCGAGAUGGAUGCUGCCCGCGAGCUGUUUGAGAGAAGUCCCAAGCAAAAUUCAGUUUUGUGGAAUGCCAUGAUCUCUGCUUAUAAUAGGAGCAAGGAAUAUGAGGAAUCAUGCAAGCUUUUUGCGGAGAUGGAGGAGCUUGAAGUUGAACCCACGUUGGUCACCCUUGUUUUGGUUAUUUCCGCUUGCGCCAAGUUGAAAAACCUUGAGUAUGGAGCUUGGAUACAUCGAAACAUUGAAAACUUCGGCAUAGAGCCCAAUCUCGCUUUGCAGAAUGCGUUAAUCGACAUGUAUGCUGGAUGUGGUGACAUUAGGACUGCCUGUAGUAUAUUCGAGAAUAUGGGAACAAAGGAUGUGAUUUCCUGGACUGCAAUGGUUGCUGGGUUUGCUAAUGUCGGACAGGUCGACCAUGCUCGAGAGCUAUUCGAGCGAAUGCCCGAAAGGGAUAUCAUAUCGUGGACCGCCAUGAUUGAUGGGUAUAUUAAGGCAAACCGUUUCAAGGAGGUGCUCGAGAUCUUCCGAGCGAUGCAGGCUGCGAGUGUGAGGCCGGACGAGUUCACCAUGGUCAGUGUGCUCACUGCCUGUGCAAACUUAGGUGCACUUGAGUUAGGAGAGUGGGCAAGAGUUUACAUGGAGCACCACAAGAUUAAUAUGGAUGUGUUUGUGAACAAUGCUAUGAUAGAUCUGUACUGCAAGUGCGGAUGCGUGGAAAAAGCUCUGGAAAUCUUUGAAAAGAUGCAAAAAAAGGAUAAAAUUACAUGGACUGCAAUGAUAACAGGCCUUGCUGUUAAUGGACAGGGAGAACAAGCUCUUGAUCUUUUCACCAGGAUGCUGAGCACAUCUAUAAGACCUGAUGACGUUACCUACAUUGGAGCUCUAAUAGCUUGCAUCCAUGCCGGACUGGUUGAUGAGGGCCGAGAAAUCUUUUCUGGCAUGAUCAACACUCAUGGUGUAUUGCCCAAUGUGAGUCACUAUGGUUGUUUGGUAGAUCUCCUUGGGAGAGCUGGGCAGCUUAAGGAGGCAUUGGAGACAAUAACAAACAUGCCAAUGAAGCCUAAUUCCAGGGUAUGGGGUGCUCUGCUUGGUGCCUGCAGAGUUUAUAAAAAUCUGGAGAUGGGGGAAUUGGCUGCCAACAAAAUUCUCGAGCUUGAGCCCGAUAACGGUGCCGCGUACGUGCUGCUUUGGAACCUUUAUGCAAAGUGCAACCGAUGGGAAGACGUUGCGAGGGUGAAGGAUAUGGCGAUGCACAGAGGUGUAAAGAAGAUUCCUGGGUGCAGUCUUAUUGAAAUCAAUGGAGAAAUGCAUGAGUUUGUUGCAGGCGAUCGGGCUCAUCCAAGGAUAGAAGAGAUUCACACUAAGCUGGAAGAGAUGGGAAGGGAUCUGGUGCUUGCUGGUUAUGUUUCGGAUAUAAAGGAGGUGUCUUUUGACAUUUGCGAAGAGGAGAAGGAAGAUACAGUUUACAGGCACAGUGAGAAGUUGGCCAUUGCAUUUGGACUGCUUAGUUCUCCUGCUGGUGCCACCAUUAGAGUUGUGAAGAAUUUGCGGAUAUGUUUAGAUUGCCAUAAUGCAAUCAAGUUGAUUUCAAGUGUUUAUAGAAGGUUGAUAGUUGUGAGAGAUAAGACACGCUUCCACCAUUUUAGUGGUGAAAGGUGUUCCUGUAAAGAUUACUGGUGAAUCAAUUUUGCUUAACAUCAAGAGCAACGAUUUCUUAUCCGACUCAGUUUUAUAUAUCUGGUAUUGUAUAUUACAUUUCUAUCUGCAUAUUAUUUUUUAGGGAUAAUGACAUAUAAACCACCCAAAACAUUGACCAUGGAAGCGUGUCAGUGUGAGGCCGGAUGAGUUCACCAUG